UCUCACCAGUAUAAACAAUAGUAGUCUACCUCAGAUUUUGAAACUAGUAUUACUUAUGAUUUAUUUUAUGGAAGAUUUACAUAAUGACUUGUUACAACGUAAAGCCAUCGGAAGUUUUGUUCUCUCAAGUUUCUAUUGCGAACAAAUUCAAAGAUGGCCGCCUGAUUGGAGAAGUUCGAGAUGACAUUUAUGAUGGGAUUAUGUCUGUCAAAGACUUACCAAUGAUUGAGGUUAAAUUAAUUGACGGUAAAUACGUAUCCGCAGAUAAUAGACGAUUAUGGAUUCUGAAGCAGUUAGAAAGGUUGCGCCAUCUUUCAAGAGUGGAAGUAAUUAAUAUUAGAAGAAUUGAUAGGAGGAAAUCUGCGAGGACAGAUCAUGUAAAAAUUCGUGGUGGCAACCCAGGUGGAAGGUCAACCGAUCUGAUGUGUGUUUAUCAUAUGAUGGGAAGACUACUCUUGUGUCAUCACGAUUUUAGAUGGGGUUCGUCUCCUCAUUUUUUGGUUUUUUAUAUAAUGUUUUGUUGUUGCUGUGUUUUAUCGUUCUUAUAUUUUGUUUGGGUACUGGCUGUUUUGUUGGUCUUUUGA